CAUAUAUAUAUAUACCAGAACAGAACUCGCACCAUUCCAUUUCUCUCCUCCACCAAAAUCAAGUUUUACUUUUGUGAUUCCCACACACAGGAAGGAAAUCAUCUCCUCUCUCACCCCUUUUUCUUUUUCUUCCUCUUCUGUGCAAGAAAAAUGGCAUGAUUCUUUACUAGCUCUUCGUCUUCGUCUUCAAGUUCAAGUCUUUUCACUUCAUUUCUCAGUUUCAAUCUUCUGCGCUUUCACUCUCUCGAGAUGGGCAGCAACAAGGGCAUCACACUUGAAGAGAUCAAGAACGAAGCUGUUGAUUUGGAACGAAUUCCGGUGGAGGAAGUGUUUGAGCAGUUAAAAUGUACAAAAGAAGGUCUAACAUCAGAGGAAGGGGAAAACAGACUGAAAAUAUUUGGUCCAAACAAAUUGGAGGAGAAAAAGGAGAGCAAGAUUCUCAAGUUUCUGGGCUUCAUGUGGAACCCCUUGUCUUGGGUCAUGGAGGCCGCUGCUUUGAUGGCUAUAGUCCUUGCAAAUGGAGACGGGAGGCCACCUGAUUGGCAGGACUUUGUUGGUAUCGUUGCCUUAUUGUUCAUCAACUCCACCAUCAGUUUCAUUGAAGAAAACAACGCUGGAAAUGCUGCAGCAGCUCUUAUGGCUGGACUUGCACCGAAAACCAAGGUUCUGAGAGACGGUCGAUGGACUGAGCAAGAUGCAUCUAUCCUUGUUCCAGGAGACAUUAUAAGCAUAAAGCUCGGAGAUAUCAUCCCUGCUGAUGCUCGGCUUCUUGAGGGUGAUCCUUUGAAGGUUGAUCAGUCGGCCUUGACAGGCGAAUCUCUUCCUGUCACCAAGAACCCUUCAGACGAAGUUUUCUCAGGGUCGACAUGUAAACAGGGAGAGAUUGAAGCUGUUGUCAUAGCGACCGGUGUCCAUACUUUCUUUGGUAAGGCUGCUCAUCUAGUGGAUAGCACCAACCAAGUAGGGCAUUUUCAGAAGGUUCUCACUGCCAUCGGAAACUUUUGCAUCUGCUCGAUUUUUGUUGGAAUAAUCAUUGAGAUCAUAGUCAUGUACCCGAUACAACACAGGAAGUACAGGGAUGGAAUUGACAAUUUGCUGGUUCUCUUGAUUGGAGGAAUCCCGAUUGCUAUGCCCACUGUGUUAUCUGUUACUAUGGCUAUUGGUUCCCACCGACUUUCUCAGCAGGGGGCGAUCACGAAGCGAAUGACUGCCAUAGAGGAAAUGGCAGGCAUGGAUGUCCUCUGCAGUGACAAAACGGGAACCCUCACUUUGAAUAAGCUGACUGUUGACAAAAGCCUCAUAGAAGUUUUUGUGAAGGGAGUAGAUAAAGAGCAAGUGAUUUUGCUUGCAGCAAGGGCUUCAAGAACUGAAAAUCAGGAUGCAAUUGACGCAGCCAUUGUGGGCAUGCUUGCUGAUCCAAAAGAGGCAAGAGCUGGUAUAAGAGAGGUGCAUUUUCUACCUUUCAACCCUGUGGAUAAGAGGACUGCAUUAACAUACAUAGACUCCAAUGGGAACUGGCAUCGUGCCAGCAAAGGUGCUCCUGAGCAGAUACUGGCACUGUGCAAUAGCAAGGAGGAUGUUCGAAAGAAAGUUCACGCUGUUAUUGAUAAGUUUGCUGAACGUGGGCUUCGUUCCUUGGCAGUUGCUCGACAGGAAGUUCCUGAGAAAAUGAAAGAGAGUCCUGGAGGACCAUGGCAGCUUGUUGGUUUGUUACCUUUGUUUGAUCCACCUAGGCAUGACAGUGCAGAAACAAUCAAAAGAGCCCUGAAUCUUGGUGUGAAUGUGAAGAUGAUUACUGGUGACCAACUUGCUAUAGCCAAGGAAACGGGCCGCAGGCUUGGAAUGGGGACGAACAUGUACCCAUCUUCAUCAUUGCUCGGCCAAGACAAAGAUGAAUCUAUAGCAGGACUCCCUGUAGAUGAGUUGAUUGAGAAAGCUGAUGGUUUCGCUGGAGUAUUUCCCGAGCACAAGUAUGAAAUUGUGAAGAGACUGCAAGAAAGAAAGCACAUUUGUGGUAUGACUGGAGAUGGUGUGAAUGACGCUCCUGCUCUAAAGAAGGCAGAUAUAGGCAUUGCUGUUGCUGAUGCAACCGAUGCUGCUAGAAGUGCUUCUGACAUUGUCUUGACUGAACCCGGGCUGAGUGUCAUAAUAAGUGCAGUUCUUACUAGCCGUGCUAUUUUCCAGAGAAUGAAAAACUACACGAUAUAUGCCGUCUCAAUUACAAUCCGUAUAGUGUUUGGAUUCAUGCUUAUUGCUUUGAUAUGGAAAUUUGACUUUGCCCCAUUCAUGGUCCUAAUCAUUGCUAUCUUGAAUGAUGGAACCAUCAUGACAAUCUCAAAGGAUCGAGUGAAGCCAUCUCCAAUACCAGACAGUUGGAAACUAAAAGAAAUCUUUGCCACUGGAGUUGUCUUAGGAGGCUACUUGGCACUAGGGACAGUGUUAUUCUUUUGGGUCAUGAAAGAUACCAACUUCUUCUCAGACAAGUUUGGUGUAAGAUCUUUGAGGGACAGUCCUCGGGAAAUAAUGGCAGCACUAUACCUUCAAGUGAGUAUUGUGAGCCAAGCGCUAAUAUUCGUCACAAGGUCUCGUAGCUGGUCUUAUGCUGAACGUCCGGGAAUGUUCUUGCUGAGUGCUUUCUUGAUAGCUCAGCUGGUUGCCACCCUGAUAGCUGUUUAUGCAAACUGGGGCUUUGCAAAGAUUAAAGGAUGCGGUUGGGGUUGGGCCGGCGUUAUCUGGCUUUACAGCAUUGUAACCUACAUUCCUCUCGACAUCCUAAAGUUCUGUAUUCGCUAUGUCUUGAGUGGAAAGGCCUGGGAUAAUCUAUUGGAGAACAAGACUGCUUUUACUACCAAGUCCAACUAUGGGAAGGAAGAGAGAGAAGCUCAAUGGGCUGCAGCACAGAGGACUUUGCACGGUCUUCAACCACCAGAAACGACCAACCUUUUCCCCGAAAAAAGCAGUUACAGGGAGCUCUCAGAGAUUGCAGAACAAGCCAAACGACGUGCAGAGGUUGCAAGGCUCAGAGAGUUGCAUACACUGAAAGGGCACGUUGAGUCUGUCGUGAAGCUGAAAGGACUAGACAUCGAUACGAUCCAACAGCAUUACACCGUCUGAUCAAUGUCCUGCCUGAAGAAAAUGAAAGCUGAAGUUUAGUGUAAUGCUAGUAAAUCUGCUAGAAGUACUUAUUCACUUCUGCCGUGGUAGUUACAGUUAGUAUGUUAACUGUUGGUUCAGACUUUGUGUUUCUCAAGCUUGAAGCAGAGGGUGCUUCAUCGGUCCCCCUACCGGCAAUAUAAUGGCGAAGAAGAUGGCUUUUGAUUAAGUUUUUAUCUUGAUAUUGUAGCUUGGAAUAACAUGAUGGGAUCAUGAAAUCAAACAAGAGUCAGCUGCUCAUCACUUGGUCUACUGCUACAAAUUUGAACCAUUCAUUCAUUGGCAAUUGAAUUGUCUAUUGCAAAUUGGUACAGAGUUUACGACUGAAAUUAUAGAAGUCAUGGAUAUCUGUUGAUC